ACGUUCGGAAUCAGGUCGUCGCCCACACUUAAUCUAUCCCCCGUCGCCAACUCGAUUCGCCACGGAAUUCAUCUAAAUCCCGACCUUGGAACAAAUUGUGCGCGCGAUACGAUACGAGUUCAACGCGCAGGAUGCUUGUUUCCCAGAUUCCCUGCUAUCCUCACAACCGUCGCGUAUACUCUCUUUAGGUGAUGAUCGGUUGGGGUGGGAAAUGCCCAACAAAAACGGCUUCGGAGGCCGAACAGCAGGCGUCAAUUUCAUCAACGCGCGGCCAUCGUCGGAAUCGGAGAAGCUGAAGAUACAGCGCCUGGUCCGAGCUCAUGUUGGAAAAUGGAUAUCCGAUCAGACCAAGGACCGUUCGUCGCCCCCGGGGGCUGACGAUUCUGGCGGUCCCGAUAAACCCGAGGACUCGGCGUCCCGGAUCACGGUGUUGGAGGAUGAGGAAGGAGGGUCUCCUUCGUCGUCUUCGGUAAAAUCAUCGCGAACGUCGCCCAGUAGCAGCAGUUCGAACACGAGUUCAUCCGUCACGCACGCUGCGUCUUGCGAUCAUUGGCAGCAGAACAACUCCGUGGUUCUUGUUUCGCGGCCAGCACUCGACACCGCUGAUAAGGACGACGAGAACUAUCACCACUAUGACCACGAUGAUCCCUCACCGCAGUCCGAUUCCAGACCUAUCAUGUCACACCCGCCGCUGCAGCAUGUUGAGCGAAUUAGCUCUAAUGUAUUCGAUCCGUUUCACUCCUACCCCUCCUCCCUUCCUCCAGAAGCCAUCCACUCAUGUGAAAGUUACUGCCUGUCGGUUCUUUGGCCCGCUCUUACACCUAGAUCUGAAAAUGAACCGGGGCCCAUAGCAAACGCCAACUGGUUUCCUCUUUCCUUACGUGAUCCCACUUUGUUUACGGCGUUUUUACUCGGUUCACUGUCCCAUCAACGAGUUCAAUGGCUCAACGGUACAAUUCCGGCAGGCGCAUUCGGACCUCGCGAGCAGCGACUCCUGAAUUUUGUCGAAAUGGAAACAAUCAAGUUGAUUAACUUGGCAGUAGCGGAUCCCACUCGUGCUUUGAGCGAUGCUGUCAUUCUCAGCGUAAUUGCUGUCGCGCACAACAGGGCUGAAGAGCGUGAUUACCGGAAAUUUCCAGAUCCUCCAUUCACCGCUCCCUUGCGACGUUUACAGUGGUUGGAAGUCUAUGGAAGCCAGACAGCCAACCUAGUCCAUGUACAAGGCUUGAUUCAAAUCAUCAUGCUACGAGGGGGCUUGGAGUACCUCGAGACUCCGGGGUUGGCUCACAUCGUUUCCUUCUCUGACGCAUUCACCGCAAGCACUCUUCUCUCGCCACCUAUGUUUCCGUUUAUGCCACUUCAGAAAAGUCGAAGAGGCUGUAAUUUACAAACACUAUUAGGAUUCAGUCCUAUUGAAAUAGAGCGUGGCUUCGGUCGAUUACGAGAAGUCGGGUUGACCGUUGAGCUGGCCGAGAUUCUCCACUCCAUGCACGUCUACAUCACCAUCGUCGAGGAAUACCUUUGCGGAAAGAAAACCGACCUCUCCCUCCUCUGUGACCAGCGCAACCUCAUCAUUCACACCCUUUCAUCCAUACCCGCAGCAGACCAACUUAAUGGUGUUUUCAUCAACCAAACCCACAAAGUCGUCUACGAAGCCUGUCGCCUAGCAGCCCUAAUCUACGGCGUCGGCGUUGUCUUCCCGCUUCCUGCCCAGAGCACUCCCUUGGCUCGAUUAGCCGGUCUCUUGCGCGCUACUCUACAAUCCUCCCAUUUCCCAUCUUUUUGGCCGCCUAUCCUGCUUUGGGUUCUCACGCUUGGCGGUAUAUCUGCCGAGAAUACAUCCGAACGAAGCUGGUUCGUCGACGCUCUCGGCCAGGCCGCGGCGCAAAGUCGUAUCUAUUCUUGGGUUAACUUAAGAGCCGUCCUCGGGAUGAUGCUUUGGUAUGACAGAGCUUGCGAUCUACCGGGUCAAAAUCUAUGGCGCGAAGUAGCAGCCUCCUUUGCCCGAAAUAGAAUCUAAGACUAAAAAGGCCUUUUUUUAAUCGUUGCUUUUUUUUGCUUCUUUUAUCGACUAUUGCUCCACCAUCUCCAAAUUUUUUUAACCCGUCAUUUUCUUUUCGCCAUAAUUCGCUCAGAAGAGAUAGGGGGCCGCCGUCAACAGAAAAAAAAAUAGGGGUCGGAACGGAAGCG